GGUGUUUCCCCCCCCCCCAAUCUCGCGAGCUUUCGGGUGGGGAGUGAGCGACCGCAGAGGAGGGGGAUAGGGAGGAGGAGAGGGGGGCGCGCGCCGUCGUCAGGUGCGUCAGGGCGUUUCGGCACGCGCGGGAUAGCCGGGCCGUGCGCGAGGCGCGGCCAGCGCGCGCAGAGGCCCGGGCCCAAGCCGGCGGGGCGGGGCGCAGUGCAGUGCAGGUUAUAUUUAGAAGAGGAGAAGUGUCUAUUGUAUACUUUGGUGGUGUCCAGCAGCUCAUCUGUUGAUACUUUAUGUACUUCCUUUAUAACUCCAUAGUAGAACAACUUCCAAAAGUGUCUGUUUGGUUACUGCAGCAUCUGGAUCCAGAGGUUAUUUUUAAGAAAAUGUGGACUGCUAAAACUCUUUGUAGUGCUCAAAUACAAUUGCUUCAGCUGACAGAAGGCAGAUUAUGUAGUUGCAUAUUUCCAAAAACUCAGCAGUUCUGGAUUGGUAUUCUAAACUAUUGUACCAUACGGGCACCACAUAACCAAGUUAAAUGCCAGGUUUCCAAGAUAAAUGAUGAAGAAUCAGUAGUAGAUACAACAGCUGCUGUUAGUCCACAGGGACCUAAAAUAGCUACUGGAAAAAGUCUCAGUGGAAUAGGCAAUGGAAAACACCGUUCAUUAGAAGCAAAAAUGAAACAUCUAAACCUGUCAUUUGCAGCUUGUGGGUUUCUGGGUAUUUACCACUUGGGGGCAGCAGCUGCUCUUUACAGGCAUGGUAAGAAGUUACUGAAAGUUGUGAAAGCUUUUGCGGGAGCUUCUGCGGGAUCACUGGCUGCCACUGUCUUAUUAGCAGUACCAGAAAAUAUAGAGGAAUGUAAGCAGUUUGCCUAUGAGUUUGCAGAGGAAAUUAGAAAAUUGGACUUUGGUGCGGUAACGCCUGGUUAUGAUUUCAUGAAAAGACUUAGGGGAGGCAUAGAAUCUAUUCUUCCUUCUAAUGCUCAUGAGAUAGCUGAGAACCGGCUCUAUGUGUCAAUCACUAACACCAAAAAUGGGGAAAAUUAUUUGGUUUCAAGUUUUGCUUCCAGGGAGGACCUCAUUAAGGUCCUGCUAGCAAGUAGUUUUGUGCCAGUAUAUGCAGGAAUUAAGCCAGUGGAAUAUAAAGGAGAGAAAUGGGUUGACGGUGGCCUCACCAAUGGCCUUCCUAUCUUACCUGUGGGACGAACAGUGACAAUUUCUCCUUUCAGUGGUCGAUUAGAUAUCUGUCCACAAGAUAAAGGACAUGUGGAUCUUUAUGUUAAAUUUGCAAAACAAGAUAUAAUGCUGUCUUUGGCCAACCUGGUAAGACUUAAUCAAGCUUUGUUCCCACCAAACCAGGAGAAAAUGGAAUUGCUGUACCAAAACGGAUUUGAUGAUGCUGUACACUUUUUACUUAAAGAAAACUGGUAUGAAUAGAUUGUACAUAGCCAUAAAGUUUAGUUAAUUUUCUGUCAAAACACAGCUACAGGCAUCCUGCAAAAUCUAAGGGAUUGCUGUCAAAAUUUCUGUAUAUCAAAAUAAAAAUGCCAAUGGAAUUACAUCUGCUCUUGUGAAGAAAAUAUGCAGAUGUUCUGGAUGGAAUUCAAAAGCACGCCAAAGUGGGAAUUGUACUUGUGUGGUAAAAGAUAGUUGUCUUGUUUUGAGGAGAUUCAAUUUUAGAUCUGUUUUGCUUCAAAGCAGGACUUUAUUGUGAAAUUUGUGAAAGCUCGUGUUUUCAUGCUUACAGAAAUUUGAAAAUUUUUUUCAUGUUACUUGAGAGACAAAUCCAGUGUGUACCCAAAAAAUUACAGUCUAUAUUAUUCACUUAAUAGUUGUGCACACUAAUCGAAUGCUUGCAGUAUUGCUAGUCUUAGGACUCUAAUGCAUCUCUCCUGCAGUGUUCUGCAGGACUUGAGCUCUAAACAGUAGCCACAAAAAAUAAAAAAUUUGCACUCUUUUACUGUGAUACUGUGUUUUUCACAUUAAAAGCUCUUGUCCUUCUCAGUGAAUGUAGUCUUUUUAAAUUUGAAAUAGUAUUCUAAAAUUUGUAGUAGUGUUUUUUUCUCCAUGAAAAUAUCUUGUAAAAGAGACAGUAAGGAAUAUUUAUAUUAGUUAUGUUUAUUAUGUUUUCUUCCUCAUCUAAAAUUGAAUAAAUAUAUUUUCUUGAA